AGUUCUUGAUGAACUUCAGAGGCUUCAAUGUUUUCCUGGGUAAUAAAGUGAAAAAUUGACAAGACCACAGGAAAGAAACCAGUAUGUCAGCAUUGUGUUCAACCCUCGUGCUGAGGACAGGACUAACGUUAUGUCUCAGAAGACGAGCUGCCACAACAAGAACAUUAUCUACGUGUUUCCAAGGGUUUCCAGGAGAUACAGUAGAAAACUCUGGUGCCAUCUUAAGAAAAUCACCUUGUAGUUGUAGCUCAUCACUAAGACUGCUUGGCUCAGGAUCUUACAGAAGUCAUUUUCCAAGAAUACACUGUUCCAGAGGAUAUGCUAAAAAGCAGGCUAGGACUGAGCGUGCGUCUGCUCGCCCAGCUGAUAAGAAGGUGCGUAAGCAGCAGGUGUCAACCAGAAGUCACAUGACAGUCAGGGAGCUGGCACAGGCCAUGGGCAAAACUGAAGAUCACAUCUACGAGUGUCUGUUGGACAGAGAUGACAUAGAUGACCUGGAGUCAAAAACAGUUCUUGAUGCAGUGACCAUCAGGGAGGUUGUGAAGAUAUCCGGGAUGGUGGCAGUACCGAUUAGGGAGCAUGAGGAAAAGAAAAAAGAAGUUAAAGAUGCAGUUAGAAGACCUCCACCGGACCCCUCAGCACUGGUCAGACGUCCCCCCGUGGUGACCAUCAUGGGGCACGUUGACCACGGCAAGACCACCCUACUGGACAGCCUGAGAAAGUCUCACAUAGCAGCUGGAGAGGCUGGAGGCAUCACACAACAUAUAGGGGCCUUUUCAGUUGAGCUUCCCACGGGCGAGAGAAUCACAUUCCUGGACACCCCCGGCCACGCUGCGUUCUCAGCGCUCAGAGCACGCGGCGCUCUUGUGACAGACAUCGUGGUACUGGUGGUUGCUGCUGACGACGGAGUGAUGGAACAAACUCUGGAGUCAAUAAAACAUGCCAAGGCUGCCAACGUUCCUAUCAUUGUAGCCAUCAACAAGUGUGACAAGAAGAAUGCUGACCCUGAGGUUGUGAUGAGAGAGUUGCUGAGCCAUGGGAUGGAGCUGGAGGAGUUUGGUGGUGACAUACAAUCGGUCAAGAUUUCUGCUCUUAAGGGGCAAGGCUUGACGGAACUGGCUGAGGCCAUAGUGACCCAAGCAGAGGUCAUGGAGGUCAAAGGUGACAACAAAGGCCCUGUAGAGGCUACGGUCAUCGAAUCUCGAACUGACAAGGGCAGAGGGUCCGUAGCGACUGUUGUGAUCCAGAGAGGAACCUUGCGGAGGGGCUGCUAUCUGGUGGCUGGUACAGCCUGGGCUAAGGUGCGAGCCAUGUUUGGUGAGACAGGUCAGCAGGUGAGGGAAGCCCCGCCCAGCACACCUGUGGAGGUCAUGGGGUGGAAGGACCUCCCUUCAGCAGGGGACCUCAUACUUGAGGUGGAAACAGAGUCCCGAGCUCAUGAGGUUGUUGGCUGGAGACUGGAGCAGAAGAAGGAACAGAAGCUAGCAGAAGACCAGGUGGAGAUCGACAGGAAGGCAAAGGAACAUCUGGAGCACUACCAGGCUGUACGGGAGGCCACCAAGGACUUGAGGAGAUGGCAGCAGAAGAAGGCAAAGUACGAGGAGUUCAAGCCCACACCUGGCAGUGAGAAGGCCAAGAGUACUGAACCUGAACUUAACAUUGUCAUCAGAGGAGAUGUGUUUGGCUCCAUAGAGGCCAUCAUGGACACACUAGCCUCCUACGACUGUGAGGAAGACUGCAAGUUGAAGGUCAUCCACUCCGACGUCGGAGCCAUCACAGAGUCUGAUGUAGAGAUGGCUGCUGCCUUUGAUGGUGUGGUGUAUGGCUUCAACACCAAGGUGCCUAAGGAUGUUGCUAAGCUUGCUGAACAGAAAAAUGUUCCCAUCAAGAUGCACAAGAUCAUCUACAGACUGUUUGAAGACUUAAAGGAUGAACUGUCUGCCAAACUACCCAUGAAGGAGGAACUGGACAUAAAAGGUUCAGCCAACGUACUGCAGGUGUUUGAGGUGACGGUAGGAAAGAAGAAGGUUCCAGUGGCAGGGUGCAGGGUGACUCAGGGGGAGAUGGACAAGAGGAGAGACGCACUGCUGGUCAGGAAUGGGGAGGUCAUAUUCAGAGGAUCCGUCUCAUCACUGAAGCACCUGAAGGAUGAUGUUUGGACAGUACGACAGGAGAUGGAGUGUGGGAUAGCUCUACACAAGUGUCCGGACAUCAGGCAUGGAGACGUCAUACAGAGCUUUGAAGUCAACGAGGUUCCUCAGACAGUAGACUGGAACCCAGGCUUUUAGGCUAGGGGAUGUUACUGAAAAAUCUGCUAUCAGGAAAACUAAUAUUAUGCAAAAAA